AUGUUCGCGAGGCUUGGCGACUUGAUACGAGUAAAGGAAACGCAGGAGGAUCGGGAGGAGGGCAAGACUUAUGGACGAUGGUCGAACGUAGACCUCGAACCGACUCCGCCAGAACAACGCAAAUGGAACGCCUGGUACUUCUUUGCGUUCCAAUUCAGCAUCGCCUUCUCGCCGACGACGUAUAACAUCGGAUCGACGCUCUAUUCCAUCGGCCUUACCUGGUGGACCAUCGUCAUCGCAGCCUUCGUGGGGACCUUUCUAUGCUGCCUCGUUCUGAUCUUCAACUCGAGAGGACCAGUGCUCUACCACGUCGGCUUCCCCGUCUACGCAAGAAUCUCUGCUGGUAUCUAUGGCUCGCUAUGGUUCAUCUUCAUCCGCGCCGUCGUCGCUAUCUUCUAUAUGGGCACGCAGACCUACUACGCCUCACGCCUGCUGGAUGUGUCGUUGAGAUGCAUCUUUGGACACAAUUGGACCGACAUACCCAAUGGGCUCCCCGAGUCGGCGGGUAUUACAACCUCGCAAAUGGUGGCCUUCUUCCUUACCUGGGCGUUUCAACUCCCUUUCGCGUGGCUGCAUCCUAGCAAGUCUGGACCUCUAUACGUCGUCAAGUCGAUCCUUUCGCCCAUCGCUUACAUCUCGACCAUGAUCUGGGCUCUGGUCAAGUUUGGUGGUGUCGAUUUGAGCUUGGGAAAACACACAAUCACGGGCAGCGCAUUGGGCUGGGGCUUCAUGCGAGCGAUCAACACCGUCGUCUCCGGAGUCGUCCCUCCAAUGGUCAACAUUGCGGAUCUCGCACGAUACGGCAACCGCCCUGUACGCGACAUCGCCCCUUUGACGAUUGGACUCUUCAUCAGCAAGCCGGCUGUCAUUCUUCUCGGCCUCUUCACCACCGCAGCUGGGCUCAAGCACUUCGGCGUCGCGAAUUGGAAUCUCUGGGACUUCUACGGCUUGGUGCUGGACGAGUUCUGGGGCCCAGGCGCUCGCACGUUGGUCUUCCUGGGAAGCUUCAUCCAGGCGUUUGCGACGAUUGUCACGAAUGUGUCGUCGAAUGCUAUUCCGGUUGGGUGUGAUUUGUCUGGGUUGUUUCCGAAGUACUUCACGAUCGUUCGGGGCAUGAUCUUGUGCCAUCUGCUCGUAUGGCCAGUCGUGCCGUGGCUUCUCGUCAACUCCGCCCAGAACUUCCUGACGUUCCUGGGCUCGUACAUCUGCUUUAUCACACCUAUCGUAGGUGUCAUGAUGGUCGACUACUGGUUCAGCCGAAAAGGCAACAUCCACGUCCCAUCUCUCUACCGACCCGAGCCCGGCUCGCCAUACUACUACAUCAAAGGCUUCAAUCCCCGAGCGUAUGCCUCCUGGGUCAUCGGCGUCGUCCUCGUAAUUUCAGGAAUCUCAGGCGCCAUCAACCCCGGCUCAAUCUCGCAAACUGCCGUGAACAUCUACAACUGUGGAUUCGUCUUGUCGCUCAGCGCUGCAGCUAUCUCUUACUAUAUCAUUUGCAAGAUCUGGCCGGUGCAGGUGUAUCCGACUGGACGACAUGAGCAUGAGAGUAAGGAUUGGGAGACGAUGGUUCCAACGGAGGGGUUCUUUACGGAUGAUGAUCCUCAGCCGGAGUAUAUUAGGAAUCGCAUGCUCUAUGGAGAGGAGCCGAUGGCGGAGAUUGUGAAGGAGGCGGAAGGGAAACAGGAUAAGUAG